AAUUUGAGUUGUGCUAUUUUCCAUAAAAGACUUCUGUUUGCGGUGCUUUUGUAGAAAGAAUAUGAACUUCGGUUUUAUUUAUGUUUUAUUUUCUGUCUUUAAUCUUUUUGUUACUUUGAAUAUAUUGGGUACUGGAUUAGAGUAGCCAUAAAUAAGAAGAAAAUAACAUGAAGCUAGGAUAAAAGAUAAGAUGCACAAUAAUUUCUGUACGUGUGUUAUUCCCAAACAUAAUAUGAAAAUUGCACGGAGUAUUAGAGACAUAUUCUCCUGUGUCCCGAUCAAAUUCUUUAUUGCCUCUAACAAGAAUUUCCAGGGUAGGGAUCUUCUUGAACCACAUUUCAUGAGAUGUGUAGUUUAAUGCAGUUAUUGUGCCCCAAGGGGAAAUUUUCCACUAGUUUUAAGCAGAUGAACAAACUUCGAAUAUCUUAUUAAAUUUUUCGGUUAACUUAGAAAGGCAUAGAAGGCUCAUUUACAGAUUCCUGUUUCUGGUUGAUCUUUCAGAUUUGCAUUCGAUGUUGAUCUUGAUGCUCCAAAAGUUAGAAUUCCUCUCAGAUCUCGUGGUUCAACCAGAUGUGAUAGUCAUUUUCUUUUGGACUUUGGUCAAUUUACACUACACACUGCGGAAAGCCAGUCUGAUGAGCAGAGGCAUAAUCUUUAUUCUCGAUUUUACAUACCAGGACGUGAUUUUGCUGCCUUUUUUACGGACUGUGGCUCUGAUUUUGGGAGUUGCAGUUUGGUUAAACCAACUCAUGAUAGUCAAAUAAUAAUCUCACCACGGGCCAAAGAAGCUGAUAAUGUGUAUUCUGUCAUUGAUAGGUGUGGAAUGGCAGUACUUGUUAAUCAGAUUAAAGUGCCUCAUCCAAGUUACCCAUCGACAUGUAUAUCCAUUCAAGUGCCAAAUCUUUGAUGGUAGAAUCCUAGUUUCGAAGGGAAUUGGGAAUUCAGUUGCUACGUGGCAAACAUGUUUUCUAGUGCUUUCGGGGUCAUAUCUUUAUGUAUUUGAAACUGCAGAGUCUCAGAGUUAUCAGCGAUACCUAAGGAUAAUAUUGAGGAUGAUAAUGAAGAUUAAUCUGUUUAUGAUUGUGGUUUAUUGGCUAAGAUGGAGUAGUGUUCGGAAUGAAUAUAUGUAUCGUUGACUAAUAAUUUUUAUUAGAAGAUAUUUAUGUAGGAUAUAAUAUUUUAAUUUAGUUUUUCGUAGA